GGCUUACUCUGUCUCGGGUCUUUUUUUGAGCCGGAGUGAAAAAUAAAAAGGGCACUUAAAUACUUCAUCUUCGAAUUGUUUCUCACAUACACACACACUGCGCGAGAGUGCUGUUUUGUUUUCUUUUUCUGAUAUGAUUGGGGGGGACAUUUCCCGUGGAUAUAUGAUCGAUAUUGCUUGUACGGCGUAGGUGAUUCACACGUUACGUACGGAUACCCACGAGAAGAAGGGAAAGAAAGCGACAAUAUUCUACGCGUGCGCCAUAAGACGGACAGAAACAAAAGAAUGACCACCGGGGAGGUCGGCAUCGGGACAUCAUUCGAUCGUCCAUACCUGCUAAAUCCGAGCGUCCAAGGUUCAUCACAUCGUUACGAGUACGAUUCGACUGGGGUACAUGAUCGUGACACGAAGAUACACAUGGGCUCGACGAACCCAAACACGAAUAUGAAUACGAAUACAACCACAAACACCACCGUGUCUCGACACGAUCGUCAACAUCUUCGUCCAGUGGUGACUCCAUUACAACAACAAACGACAAAACACCAUUCGGACGCCCACGGGAUGAGGUCAGAAACCACGGGAAUGAUUCCUUUCGCGGGUCGUCUGGGAGGAAACCAGACAUUCAUCCUUGACCGGUCGGACCCGGCGAACGCAGAGGUCCUUCAGAGAGUCCCCGAUGCCGCACCGAAUUUGAACCUCCGUGAGAUCUUCGAGUUACGUGGCUUCACCGAAGGAGGAUUGUGGAAGGCCGCGAUUGUGGAAUGUUUCGGAACCAUGAUUUUGGUGUUUGGAUCGACGUAUAAUUCCCUCUCACCUUACAUACCACCACCGACACCGUCGCCCACGUCGGGCGUCUUCGGCACCGUCGCGUUCCUGGGCCCGCUCGUGGCCGCGUGCAUCAACGCCGUCCUCAUCGCCAUCCUGAUCUACUGCUUCGGCGCCAUCUCCGGUGCUCACUUGAACCCGCUCAUCACCUUCGCCACCUUCUUCGCCCGGCUCGCCACCUUCCCACGUCUGGUCCUGUACGUCGCCGCGCAGACCCUGGGCGGGACGCUCGCGGGUCUCUUGCUGCGCGCCGCCGCGGGCACCCGGUCUUUCAAAGUCGGAGGCUGCUUCUUGUUCACGGACGAACCGACACGGAUAUCGUCGCAGUUCGUCAUCGAGUUCAUGGGCAGUCUGUUGCUGCUGGUCAUGGCGUUCGGGGUCGGUCUGGACCCCAGGCAGAAGGAAAUCUUCGGCCCGGCAUUGGCCCCCAUCCUGGUCGGACUCGCGGCCGGAGCGAGCGCUUUGUGUUUUGCAUUUUCUGCCCCGGGCAGUGGCGGUGCCGCUCUGAACCCCGCGAGAUGUUUCGGCGUGUUUGUGGGCAGUCACUUCCCCGUCUGGCAUUGGAUCAACUGGGUGGGACCGCUGGCCGCGAGUGUCCUGCAUGGUGUUGUGUAUUGGGUCGUGCCGCCGGGGAGUGUCGGUGCAGAUCAAGACCGUGCCGUCAAGGUCGUGCCGGACAGGGACGAGAAGAGUGUCGAAGGGGUGAAUCACGUGUAGGUGACCAAACGGAGGCAAUUUGUUUUGUGUUGUAAAAAAU